GUCCUCCAGAAGCUGGGCAAAGCAGAUGAAACUAAGGAUGAACAAUUUGAACAGUGUGUCCAGAAUUUCAACAAGCAGCUGACUGAAGGGACCCGACUGCAGAAGGACCUCCGUACCUACCUGGCCUCUGUCAAGGCCAUGCAUGAGGCCUCCAAGAAGCUGAGCGAAUGUCUUCAGGAAGUAUAUGAGCCCGACUGGCCUGGCCGGGAUGAAACGAACAAGAUUGCUGAGAACAAUGACUUGCUGUGGAUGGAUUACCACCAGAAGCUGGUGGACCAGGCACUGCUUACCAUGGACACAUACCUGGGCCAGUUUCCUGACAUCAAGUCACGCAUUGCCAAGAGGGGGAGGAAGCUAGUGGACUAUGACAGUGCAAGACACCAUUAUGAGUCACUCCAAACGGCCAAAAAGAAGGAUGAGGCCAAAAUUGCCAAGCCUGUCUCGCUGCUUGAGAAAGCUGCCCCCCAGUGGUGCCAAGGCAAACUGCAGGCUCAUCUAGUAGCUCAAACUAACCUGCUCCGAAAUCAGGCUGAAGAGGAGCUCAUCAAAGCCCAGAAGGUAUUUGAGGAGAUGAAUGUGGACCUGCAGGAGGAGUUGCCCUCUCUGUGGAACAGCCGAGUGGGUUUCUAUGUCAACACAUUUCAGAGCAUUGCAGGUCUGGAGGAAAACUUCCACAAGGAGAUGAGUAAGCUCAACCAGAACCUCAACGAUGUGCUGGUCAGCUUGGAGAAGCAGCACGGGAGCAACACCUUCACGGUCAAGGCCCAGCCCAGUGACAAUGCCCUUGUCAAAGAGAACAAGAGCCCUCCGUCCCCACCAGAUGGCUCCCCUGCUGCCACUCCUGAGAUCAGAGUGAACCACGAGCCAGAGCUGGCUGGUGAGGCUGCGCCUGGGGCCACAUUUCCCAAGUCCCCAUCUCAGCUCCGGAAAGGCCCACCAGUCCCUCCUCCUCCCAAACAUACUCCAUCCAAGGAGGUCAAGCCAGAGGAGAUCCUCAGCCUGUUUGACAGCACGUUUGUCCCCGAGAUCAGCGUGACCACCCCUUCCCAGUUUGAGGCCCCUGGGCCCUUCCCAGAGCAGGCCAGCCUGCUGGACCUGGACUUCGACUCCCUCCCACCUGUGGCGAGCCCUGUGAAAGCACCCACACCCUCUGGUCAGCCAAUCCCGUGGGAUCUCUGGGAGCCCACAGAGAGUCCUGCUGACAGUGGGCCUUCUGGGGAGCCCAGCAUGGCCGAGGGUACCUUCGCUGUGUCCUGGCCCAGCCAGACAGCCGAGUUGGACCCUGCUCAACCAGGGGAGGCCUCAGAGGUAGCCGGAGGGACUGAACUUGUGACUGGAACCCAAGAGCCUGGGGAGACGGCAGCCAGUGAAGCAGCCUCUAACUCCCUUCCAGCUGUUGUGGUAGAAACCUUCUCAGCAACUGUGAAUGGUGCCGUGGAGGGUGGCAGUGGGGCCGGACGCCUGGACCUGCCCCCGGGAUUCAUGUUCAAGGUGCAGGCUCAGCAUGACUACACAGCCACAGACACGGAUGAGCUUCAGUUGAAGGCGGGUGAUGUGGUGCUGGUCAUCCCGUUCCAGAACCCUGAGGAGCAGGAUGAAGGCUGGCUCAUGGGUGUCAAGGAGAGUGACUGGAAUCAGCACAAAGAGCUGGAGAAGUGUCAGGGCGUCUUCCCUGAGAACUUCACCGAACGUGUCCAGUGA